GCUAGCUCUCUUGAACUACUGUCAACAAACCCCAUUGUCAAAAUCUCUACCAAAAACUCACUCUUCUCACGUCCAAAAAUGGUUGACCUACAUUCAGCCAUCUGAAGGUUUACAAUCGUCAGACAGUUGAGGAUUGAAAGCAUCAAUGGGGGUUUUAGGGGAGUCAUGGUGUUUCUGUAAAGGUGGAAGUAAGUCGGAGAGAACUAAAGCCUCCAUUUAUUCCAGCAAAGGUCCCGCCAUGGCUCGUAUUUCUACCGGCGGCUUGCUUUCCGGUACUGGAUUUCUUAUCCAUCGGAACCUUCUCCUUACAACUCACGCCAUCCUCCCGUCGGUAGCUGCCGUUGAGGCCGCCGAGAUCCGGCUUCAAAACGGUGUCGGUGCUUCCCUUUUCCCUCACAGGUUCUUCAUAACUAGCUCCAUUCUCGAUCUAACAAUAGUGGGUCUCGACUCCAUGGACGGAGAUUCGAAUGUGCCGAUUCAGCAUCCUCACUACUUGAAAACCUGUUCAAAACCCGGUCUGAACCUGGGUAGUAUAGUUUACAUUCUAGGCUACACCGAGAAAAACGAGCUGACUGUUGGUGAAGGGAAGGUGGUCAUAGCCACGGACAACCUCAUAAAGGUCUGCACCGAUGGUGUAACGUGGAGCCCUGGUUCAGCGGGGUUCGAUGCACACGGUAACAUAUCAUUCAUGGUCUGUGACCCCAUGAAGUUAGCCACAUCUCCAAAUACAAAAUCCUCUUCAACAUCGUCAUCUUCUUCAUCCUCGUGGAAGAAGGAUCUCCCGAUGCAAUUUGGCAUUCCGAUUCCCGUUAUCUGUGAUUGGUUAAACCAGAAUUGGGAGGGAAAUCUUGAUGAUUUGGUAAACAAACCGAAACUACCCCUUAUUAGGCUGAUGUCGACAGGCCAAAGAAGCGAACAAUCGUGUACUUCAUUCAGUAUGCGACAAGUUUUCAAGACAACCGAACAGGAAAACGACCCAGUGACUCCAUCGUCGGCAAAUGUGAUCUCGAGAUCCCGAGACCAACCCGGACCCAGUUCCUCACCAGUCACAAAUAGUUGUCAAGAUGAAACACCGAGCCAUGAUCAACCUGCCAUUGGUGCGGCUCAUGUACAGGGAAUUCCGACACCUGAGAUAUACGAGUCGCCAAAAUUGACCUCGGUUCCGUUCAGGAAAAACCAAACCACCCAAAUUCAGCUUUUAGAUAUCAAUUUCCCUCCCAAGAUUGGUAAACCAUCUGGGCCAACAACUCCCGUGAAAAAUCAGUCGAAUGCUAUAGUCAAAGCCGAGAUCGCUUCAAUGGGUUCAGUAAACAGGACCGAGGGUGAGAUCCGGUCGUGUUCAUCCUCGAGCCAGGUCUCAGAGGGGCAAAAUGGGUAUAUCAGCGAAGGAGAGAACACCAUGUACUCAGCCGAAACAGCCGAAAGCCGCAACUACCCGAGUCCUAAAGAAGGAAGGUUCCAUCAGCAGCAGGUAGGGAGGAGCCAGAGCUGUGUGAACCACAACCGAUGGGGUCCAGUCCAGUCGAACCCAAUGGCUCGUGGACGUUCACUCGAAAAACAGAGAAGCUACAUUCAGGGUAGAAAGGUCUUUUCACAAGGUGCAACUUCUCAAAGGAGUAAUGACUAUUAUAACCCUACCGUAUCAUCGAUCAUGAAGAAACGGAACAAUCUCGAGCAGCAGUGGCCUAAUCGGCCUCGGAGGCCAAGCCCGGUUCGUUCGUCGCCAAAAUGGGCGUUUUGACACCAUUUUCGAGGUAAUACAUUUUUACUUUUGAGAUGGAACUUCUAUAUGAUUUUAUUUGUAACUAGUUUCUUAUGAACUAAAAUGUGCAGUUUGAUUUCUUUAAAGGGUUAAUAAUUUUAUUUUGGGGAUCAAAACUAUGAACUGAACCCAGAAGGGGAUAUGUUCUUGUAUUUCUUCUAUCUGAUCAAAUCAAUUGUAAAUUCUCUCUUUGUGAUGUAUUUGGAAGCUGAAAUGACAUGUUUACCCCUUGUAAUGAUACAAGUCACAC